GCUCUAAGAAACUGAAUCCUCUGUAAAAAAAAAAAUAAUAAUAAUAAUUAAUAACUGAGAGUCAACUAAAUGUCAGACCUCGAGAUCCCAGUUCCAUGUCCUUCUAUUUUAUACUUCCUCAAUCUAACAACAGAAGACCAGAGGAAGGCUCGAGACAGCAGUGUUGAGCAAAUGGGGAAGUUCUGUUGUGGAGAAUCUGAUGAUGGGGGUUUAGAUCUCACCGGAGUUGUCAUGGCAAUAAUCAUAGCUCUAGCUAUUAUGGCUGUCUGCAUGCCACCAUCACGACAGCCGACUCUUUAUGCAGUGUAUCGCUGCCGCUCUUGCUGUGGCUCUCCUUGCAGAUGCUGAAACUUUGCUUUGAGAUGCCAUUUGCAUUCUGUCUCCUCAGUUUCUUCUUCUGCAGGAAAUAAAAACAUCUGUAAGUGUUUGGUAUGCAUUACGUAGAAUAGAGUAUUUCUUAUUCC